CUGUAUAUCUAUCCGUCUCUAGAACCUGAUCUCGGCGGCAACGGGGAUGAACCUGACGACGGUAGACGACCCCGUCCAGAGGAAGUUCCUCCCCAGCUUCCUGAGGGGCGUGGCCGAGGAGAACAAGCUUGUGACGUCACCCAAUUUCGUGGUCACCCAGGCCCUCGUGGCCCUACUCGCUGAUAAAGGGGCCCGGCUGAGACCCAACUAUGACAAGACUGACGUGGAGAAGAGAGCAGGUUUAAUUGCACAUUUGUAUACCCAUCCUUCCUAUAAUCCCACUGCUGUAGGACCGCUGGAGCUGGCCAACGCGCUGGCUGCUUGCUGCCUGUCUUCCCGUCUGUCCUCGGGACACCGGCAGUGGGCCGCUCAGCAGCUGGUCCGCACGCUGGCCGCUCACGACAGAGACAACCAGAGCCGGCCUCAAACCUUCGCCGACAUGGCGGGUGACCUGCGCAAGUGCUCUUCUGUGAAGUUGGAGGCUCACCAGAGCAGGGUGAUCACGUGUGGUUGGUGCAGUAGGAAAGGCCUGCUGGCCACCAGCGGUAACGAUGGAACAGUCCGGGUGUGGAGCGUUACUCAGAACCAGUACACCCUCCAGCUGACCUGCGUCUUCAACAGAACUGCUGGUUCUCCAGAGGAGGGUGGACAGUGUCUUGGUUCCCCAGGCGACCCCAGUCUGUCUCCUCUGGUCUGGAGCGUCACGGGUAAAUACCUGGCUGCUGCCAUGGAGAAACUAGUCAACAUCUGGCAGGUCAACGGUGGUAAGGGUCUGCUGGACGUGCAGCCCCACUGGGUGUCAGCUCUGGCCUGGCCGGAGGGAGAAGCCGUGUCCCUGUGGUGCGGGGAACCCAAAGAUGUGUUGCUGGUGGGACGUAUGGAUGGAUCCCUGGGCCUUAUAGAGGUCCGCGACGCCUGCACCAUGCAUCGCACUGAGCUGGACCACUGCUACAGGAAAGAUGUGUCAGUGAUCCACAUAGCCUGGUACAGUGAGGACAGGCCCUUCGCCGUGGGCUACGCCGACGGGAAGCUGCUGAUUGGAACCAAAGAGCCUCUGGAGAAAGGAGCCGUCGUGGUCAUCGAUGCCCAUAAGGAGUCCAUCACCAGUAUAAAGUGGGAUCCUACUGGUCAGAUGCUGUUGACCUGUGCCAAAGAGGACGUGGUGAAGCUAUGGUCCAGCCCUGGGUCAGGGUCCAGCCCUGGAGCAGGCUGGACAUGUCUGCAGAGUCUCCCCCACCCUGCCCAGGUCAAUGGAGUGGCCUGGUGUGGUCUGACUGGACACGGAGCCAGACCUCUCAACAUGCUGGCCACGUGUUGCCAAAACGGACUGGUGUCAGUCUGGACCGUACCUCAAGACGCCUCUGCCUUCCCAGAAUCCCCCUCUUCUGGCUCCGAGCCCCGGAGGGACAACGAACCCAAAGCCAAACGCAAGCAGCAGCAGAGUUCCAGCAGGCGUGUGGAGGGGGCGGUGUGUGUGUUCCAGCUGAAGGGUCAUAUCACCCCGGUCAGGACAGUAGUCUUCAGCCCUGACGGCCUGGCCCUGGUGUCUGGAGGGGUGGGAGGCCUCAUGAACAUCUGGUCCCUACGGGACGGCUCAGUGCUCCAGACAGUAAUAGCCGGGUCAGGAGCCAUCCAGAACAUAGUCUGGAUCCCAGAUGUGGGCGUGGCCGUCUGCUCCAACAGGUCAAAGGAUGUGUUGGUGGUGAACUGCUCGACAGACUUCAUGUCCUCUCACCAGGUGCUCGCCACCUGCCGGACGGCGCUGAAGAAACAGGGGGUUGUGGGAUUGAACAUGGCUCCGUGUAUGAGAGCCUUCCUGGAGAGGCUUCCUGUUAUGCUGCAGGAGCAGUACUCAUAUGAGAAGCCCCAUGUAGUGUGUGGAGAACAGCUAGUCCACAGCCCCUACAUGCAGUGCCUGGCCUCCCUGGCCGUGGGGCUACACCUGGAUCAACUCCUGUGUUCCCCUCCCGUGCCCCCCCACCUCCGCCUCUGUCCCCUGGAGCCAGCCACCUGUACCUGGUCACCCGGCGAGUGGGCGUGGCUAGACUGCUUCUCCACCACGGUGAAGGCAGCGGAGGCCCUGGCUCGGGGCAACACGUUCCCAGAGGCCUUUGCUGUUCCCGACCUGGAGCCUGUACCCAAGGAGGAGAUGGUCCUUCUCAUGGACAACAGUACAUGGGGUUCUGGUAUGGAUGAACAGAUCAUGUCUUGGGCCACCUCCCGACCUGAGGACUGGCACCUGGGAGGGAAGUGUGACGUGUUUCUGUGGGGAGCUGGUAGACACGGACAGCUGGCAGAGGCUGGCAGAAAUAUCCUGGUGCCCACCACCGCACCCUCCUUCUCACAGGCACAACAGGUAGACAGACACCAUCAAUCAAAUGUAUUUAUAAAGACCUUUUUUUUACAUCAGCUGAUAUCUCAAAGUGCUGUACAGAAACCCAGCCUAAAACCCCAAACAGCAAGCAAUGCAGGUGUAGAAGCACGGUGGCUAGGAAAAACUCCCUAGAAAGGAGCCAAAACC